AUUUUCAUAAUUGGCCUGCAGAGGUUACACGUAGCACGUCGCAACACACUUAGCUCAACUCAAACGGCUAAAUGUGCAGGCAGAACCAGGCUAUUAUAGGCUACUUGUGCAACCAGUUAACUACAUUAGCCUACCAAUUGAGCGUUUGAAAAGAAUAUCUGGGAGCAAACGAUCUCAGCAAGUGAUUUAACCCAACAACACUCACGUGUUGGUAAAACAAUGUAAUUAGGCACUGUGCAGUGAACUGCUCAUCACAUUUAUUUAUUAAACGAAGGCUAGGCUAUUUGCCACUUUUGUUACUUUAGCUAGCCUACAGAACAGUCUGCAGAUGUGUCUAUAACCAUGGCUACAGGAUGUGGGCAAUUUUUCCGUAGUUUUACAGCAGGUUUGAAGAAGAACGAACCGCCUAUUCAGGAUGGAGGUUCAAGAGUCAAGCACAAUAGAGGACGUUCUUCGAAAGGGUCAUUAAUCAAGUGGGUUCAAACACAGUCAAGCCAACGAUGUUUUCACACAAGAUCCCAGAAGCACGUAAAUCAUCGAUUGUCCCGGACACUUGUGCGGUCAAACCAACUCCAACGACAUGCACUCAAAACCACUUUCUGAGGAUGCCACCUGAGAUUCUACAAAAGAUCUUGUCGUACCUGGACGACUACUCUCUGCUGUGCAUUGAGCAUGUCAGCAAGCUGUUCAACCAGCUGGCCAACAACAAUGAUAUGUGGCACCAGAUGUACCUGUCAAAGUAUGGGAGCAGUAAGAGGUGGAGACCCAAGAUUAUAGAGAAGCGGAGUCUUGUGAAGGUCCAGGAGCGGUCCAACGGUUUUUGGAGGAGACUGUACCUCAGAACCAUGGCCAUAUGCAAAGAGACCAGGUGGAAGCGAGAUCUCAAAGACAUCAACCCCUUCACUGGACUGCCCAGCCAGACAGAGCGAGUCCUCAGGAACCUGCAUGUGACCUGGGAUUUGACCCUGUGUGAUGACGUGUCAGGGUGGCGGGGCACCUUUGAGCCCAUCCAUGUCUACUUCUCCAACUCGUCCUUGACGGUGUGUUGGAGUGGAGAGCACUGGCCCUCCUUCUGUCAGACUAGUCUGCAGCUCCACGGAGUCAAGAAGUCCCACAUGCAUGGCUGGCGCUCCCUAAUGGUCAGGUUGGACAGAGAGACCAUCUCUGGGAGUAAGCAGAUUAUUGGGUCUGACAAGCUUGUAAACCUGGUGUUUCUUCCCCCUGGCCUCCUCGUAGGGACAUGGAGGGGUAAUUCCACCAUUGCCUUUGUCAUCGCCAACUUCCACUUUCACCGGUUGGUGGAGAGGAGUCUCCUGAGCUCUCCCUUUUGCUCGUACGCUAUGCCACACUUCUGUGACGAGGACCCCAGCUAUGAUCUCCAUAGUUACAGGCUACACAUUGUGCUCCACAACACGGUGACACAGAUCAUGUUGGGAUGCUUCCCUCAGCUCUCCUGUGAGAAAGGUCAGAUCCAUGGAAGGUACAUUUAUCUGACCGCCAUCAGGAAGAAUGAGUUUUCCCAGCACACCCCUCUGUCUGGCAAGGUCAUGCUGCCCUGGAGGUGGGGUGCCCUGCAGGGGAGUGUGGAGAACUGCUGUAUAAUGAGCCUGACACUACUGGACGAGUCCCAAAACCCCAUCUGGUGUGUCAGCACUCCGGUCUCAAUGGUGCUAUCCUGUGGAAAGCGGAUGUCCAGACACUACAAGGGCGAUCACUUCCUGAUACGGUAUCAGGAGCUGGAGGGAAAGGUGAAGAUGAAGCUGGUCUGGCUGGAGGAGCAAAAGCAGUUCUUCCUCAUCAGCCUAACCCUCGCCAUCACCCUGGCUAAGGUCAACAGGCACUUUGGAACAGAUGCCACUGGCUGACCAUGCUCAGCUGAACGGAGCAGGAAGAGGAUUUUCUCAUUGUGGGACUAGUUUUGUUGCAGUUCAAGUUUGUUGUUUCGACCAUUGCGAAGGUUGAGUG